UUAAUUAAUUUGCUCUCAAAAAUGACGUUGACUACCAUGCAAGUUCGUACCAUCGUUGGCAUCAUUGGGAAUGUCAUCUCUUUUGGGCUGUUCAUCUCACCAGCGCCUACGAUAUACCGAAUAGCGAAGAACAAAUCGGUGGAGGAGUUCUCUCCAGACCCUUACAUAGCAUGUGUGAUGAACUGUUUGCUUUGGAUCUUUUACGGCAUGCCGUUUAACCAUCCAAACAGUACCCUCGUCAUCACCAUCAAUGCCAUCGGCCUUGCAUUGGAGCUCAUCUAUCUCUCUGUUUUCUUGAUGUUUGGUACCAAGAAACAUAGGGUGAAGAUUAUGGGAGGGUUGUUUGUAGAGGUUGUGUUCCUAGCAAUAGUUGCGUUUUGUGAUUUGAGAUUCCUGCACACACACAAGGAGAGAUCCACAUUAGUGGGUAUCUUGUGCAUAGUCUUUGGUAUCAUCAUGUAUGGUGCCCCUCUAACUAUUAUGAAAAAAGUGGUCAAAACAAAAAGUGUCGAAUUCAUGCCAUUUCCACUUUCUUUGGCUGGUUUCUUGAAUGGAGUUUGUUGGUCGACUUAUGCUCUCCUCAAAUUCGAUUUAUUUAUCUUGAUCGCAAAUGGAGUUGGGGGAUUCCUUGGAUUUUUACAACUUUGUCUAUAUGCAUGGUACCGCAAUUCAACUCCAAAGAAGAGCACCAAAGAUGCUGAGGUGCAACUCGAAAGCGUUUAAUCAAUUAAUUCAAUUUGAUGCAUGUCGGUCGAACCU